UUGUUUUUUUGUAAUUAAUUUCGCCAAAAACGUAAAAUUUAAGUGUAGCCCAUGGAGACCCAACUGGAGAAAGUCUUGAGCGAUAUCGUCACACAACCGGACACGGUGGGCGCUCUGCUGGCGAAUCGUCAAGGGCUCUGCUUGGGCGCCAAAGGCGAUAUAAACCCGAAUGUCUCUGGCAUCGGCAUGGCCAUAUCUGAUCAGGUGGCGGGUCUGGAGCCAAGGAAUGCGGUGGCUCAACCAGAGGCACGUCAUCCAACCAUCUGCCUAUACAGUGGAAAUAGGCGCUGCGUCAUCCAGAGGAAUGGGGAGAUUACUGGCGUCAUUUACAAGCAGCACACAUCUGUCCCGACCAGCGAUUAGCUAGAGGGUGGACGAGCAACAUUCGUCAUUCGUCAUUCGUCAUUCUCAGGCCAAGUCAAGUCUUCCAAAUUGCGCUUGUUCUAGGAGUCGCAUACGGGACUCUGCUGCUACUGAGGAUAAAUCGCUUACGUGCCUCGCGCUCUAGUUAACGUGUUUCAAUGCCAGUUCUGGCUGUCUUCAUUUCUUUUUCUUGUUAUCAUUAUGGUUUUUUUUUAUAAAUUCGCAUUAAUCACCAAAGUUACGAGUAGUUGCAAGUUAACCCACAUCUUAUGUAUAUAGAAAGAACUUUUCACGACUAAGCCUUAAAUUGAGUACGCAUACAAUCCUAUAUGCAUAUACACACACAUAUACACACAUACGCAUAUACAUAUAUCUAAAUCGAUCAGAUAAAUAAUCAUGUGUAACCCACGGUCGCCACUUUUGGCAACUAUUUACAUUUACCUGCUGGUGCAAUAGCAAUUAAAACUAUGAAACUACGCUUCCAAUUGAAAA